GUUGAAAAAAAAUGAUUCUUAUUAUCAGAAAGAUGUUUUCAUUUAUUUUUCUCAAUGUUUUCACAUGUUUUAGUUAAUUAAUUUUAAUCAAUAACAAUGGCGAGUGACGUGAUUAAUCAGAUGAACGCUUGGAAGUCUUAUGUUUCCUUGUUGGUUGAUCAAAAUGCUCGCGAUGAGAAUAAAUUGAAAGCAGCUCAAGAAUUAGCUGAAGACCUAGAGGCCAUUAUUUCAAGUCCACAAUAUCCAUCUUUUCUGGAACAUGCAGUCAACACUUUCCGCCGGGUCCUUUCGGAGGGACAACCUUUAUUUAUUGCCGAACAUACUGGACAACAGUUGCGAAAAUUAAUUCUAGAAAUUAUCCAAAGAUUACCUGUUAAUGAGCAUCUUCGCCUUCAUGCCAAAUCAUUAAUUUCGCUAAUGUUUCAAUUACUAGAUAUUGAAAAUGAAGAAAAUGUUCUGGUAAUUCUUAGGAUAAUAAUUGAACUUCAUAAGAACAGUCGUCCUCCAUUUAGUGUCGAGAUUCAAAAGUUUUUGACUUUCGUGAAAAAGAUUUACCAAGAUUUACCCAACAAUAUGAAUAAAAUUUUCGAACCUAGACUGCCACUGAGAAUCAAAGAUAUCACCGAACUCACAACUCAACUGCCGGUUGUUAUUGGUGAGAUAUUCACACAAACUCCAGUGAUGACGGAGAAGAAAAAUCCCGACGGAACUAAUGCCAAUUACAAUUUGAUACCAAGAGCGACCUGUUCACUCAAGGUGUUAGCUGAAUUACCAAUCAUAGUUGUUUUAAUGUAUCAACUUUAUAAGGCACAACUCCAACAGGAGAUUGAAGUUUUAAUACCAUUUAUUAUGAAUGCCUUAACCCUUCAACCCGCUCCCCAACAUCGGAACAGUACCGCUUUUAACAAGGAAGUGUUUGUCGAUUUUGUGGCCGCACAGAUUAAGACUCUUUCCUUUCUAGCCUACAUGGUUCGAAUAUACCAGGAUUCAGUGAAUGCCAAUGUUAAUCAACUUAUCAAAGGAUUUAUUAGUAUCCUCAUUAAUUGUCCUCAUGAAGUUGCUCAUUUAAGGAAAGAGUUACUCAUCGCAGCCCGUCAUAUCCUUAUGACUGAUCUCAAAACUAAAUUUAUCCCAUGUAUUGAUCAACUUUUUGAUGAAACCAUAGUUAUUGGUAAAGGUUGGACUGCUCACAACAGUUUGCGUCCUCUUGCAUAUAGCACCAUUGCCGAUCUGGUUCAUCAUGUUCGUGCUCAACUUAAGUUCAAAGAUUUAGUUUCUGCAGUGAAUGUGUUUUCCAAAAAUGUUCACGAUGAAUAUCUGACCAGUUCAAUCCAUGCUAUGUCUUGUAAAUUACUCCUCAAUCUGGUUGAAUGUAUACGAAAUCGAGCGGAAAUUGAACAUGGAGCUCAAGCUGCUCAAGUUUCACGGGAAAUUUUAUUAAAAAUGUUGGAAGUUUUUGUUCUAAAAUUCAAACAUAUCGCUAAACAUCAGAUACCCAUGUUGACCAAUCGUCAAUCCAAUCAAACUUCAUCCCAUUCCUCUACAAUCGCAUCUCAACCAGCACUUCAACAGCCUACGUUCCUACCACAAGCUCCUUUGCCACAACUUGCACCACCUCAACAACCCUCACAAAUGCAACAUCAUCUCAAUCAUCAAAUUCAUCCACAAACACAAACACAAACACCAACACCUCAACCACAGACUCAACAGCAAUCUCAACAAACAUCUCAAUCAACAACAUCAACAACAACUAGUGACCCUAAAUCAGAUGAAUCUAAACCAUUAUUCCCACACGGAGUUGGUGAAAGUUUCGGUGCUGAUGAUAGACCAAAAUUUGGUUUCCCUGCAAUACCCUCAGAUACUUAUACAGCCAGUGACUGUAAAAGUUUGGUUAAAACAUUAAUUGUCGGCGUUAAAACUAUCACUUAUGGAAUACCAUCUUACCGUAUUGCUGGUGACACAUCUAAUGUACCUGCACAACAGAAACAAUUUCACCCGAAAGAAACUAUUUUGUACAUUCGAUUAGUAAAAUAUGCCUUAAUGGCUUUAGAUGUUUACACAAUUCAACCUAGUCAGGCCAAUUCUUCAAGUAUUGCCACUAGUACUCAUCCGAAUGCACCUCAAUCUGCCUCAGGAAUAUUUCGAGCCAACAUGAUGUCCAAUGUUAGACCAAAAGAGGAGAAAGAAGUAUUAGAACAUUUUGCCGGUGUUUUCCAAAAUGUUAGUCCACAAAGUUUUCGUGAAGUCUUUUCUACUCUAAUUGACUUUUACGUUGAACGAACCAAUUCAAAUAUUGCUCUUCUCACCUUAGCAAAUUCAUUCCUUGCUAAUACGGUUUUAUCACCAGUAUUUGCGACAAUCAUUGUUGAAUAUUUACUUGAAAGAAUGGAGGAAAUGGGAACAAAUAUAGAGAAAUCAAAUCUUCACCUAAAAUUGUAUAAAUUAGUUUUCGGAUCUGUGUCUCUGUUUCCAGCGGAAAAUGAAUUGAUGUUAAAACCUCACCUUCACAGUAUUGUUAAUCGAUCACUGGAAUUAGCAUUGAGUGCCAAAGAACCCUACAAUUAUUUUCUACUAUUACGAGCUCUGUUUCGUUCUAUUGGUGGAGGUAGCCAUGAUCUCUUAUACCAGGAGUUUUUACCACUUUUACCUAGUCUCUUACAAGGAUUAAAUAGUCUGCAAAGUGGUUUACACAAACAACACAUGCACGAUCUUUUCGUUGAACUUUGUCUAACGGUUCCAGUCCGAUUAAGUAGCCUUCUUCCUUAUCUUCCUAUGCUCAUGGAUCCAUUGGUUGCUGCUUUAAAUGGCUCCCAAACUUUGGUUAGUCAAGGAUUGAGAACAUUAGAACUUUGUGUUGACAAUUUACAACCUGAUUUUCUCUACGAUCACAUUCAACCAGUUCGUGCUGGCCUAAUGCAGGCUUUAUGGAGAACCCUUCGAAAUCCUUCUGAUAGUAUUGCUGGAGUUUCUUUCCGAUUACUUGGUAAAUUUGGUGGUGGUAAUCGUAAGAUGAUGACUGAACCACAAAAGAUUGAAUUCUUUGAUCACAAAGAAUCUUAUGCUAAUGGAUCUACAUCCAUUAUCGCUUGUUUCCUUGAACAUCGAUCACCAAUCAAUCUACCAAUUGACAAAGUUAUCGAAACAGCAUUUAAUGCACUCAAAUCUUCAACCACUGAUCCAUUUUAUCGUAAACAAUGUUGGGAAGUUAUCAAAGGUUUUCUCAUUGCUCAUAUUUCACCUCCUCCACCCGAUGAGGAUAAAUACAAUUUUCAACGAUUCUUUUCUCAUCCAAGUUUCAAUCAAGGUGAAAUUCAUCCUCUUAAUGGACCAUUUUACAAAUCUAGUGAUACUCAAAUUCGAAAGGUCCAUGAAAUGGCUUUAACUGGAAUGUUUGUAGCAGCGGCAAUAAAAGAACUUCGAGCUACUGUUCUUCCUUUCAUGGUUUCACUUGUUCGCCAUUAUACUCUUCUAGCAAUAAGCCAACAAUCAGGUCCUAUUAAUUUAGGUGGAAAACAGCAUAAACUUUAUGGAAUGGAUGCUUUGGUUCUGAUCGAUUCUGUAGCGACCAUCAUGGGUCAUGAGGAAAAGGAACUAUGCAAACCUGGUCAUUUGGCGUUAAUCAUUAUCUUGGACACUGGAGCGGCUGUUCUUGGUUCUCGUGAACGAACUUGCCAAUUACCUUUGACGGAAUAUCUUGUCGAGAGAAUGUGCUCUUUAUGCUAUGAUCGUGCCUGGUACGCCAAAUUAGGAGGAUGUAUUGCCAUCAAGUUUCUCUUUGAACGAAUGACCUUAAAAUGGGUUUUCGCUCAUCAAUAUAUGUUCCUUAAAGCUUUACUCUUUGUGAUGAUGGAUUUAACUGGUGAAGUGUCAAGUGGUGCUGUCGAUAUGGCAAAAUCUAAUCUCGAGAAAAUGAUAACUCUUUGUGCUACACCGAUUAGAUUGGCUAUUGAUGGAAGUAAUUCUGAUCUUGUUGAUGCUCAGCAAAAAUCACUUCACGAAGUGACACAAGAACUUGUUCGUCAAGUGACCUCACCUAACACUUGUGUUCGUCAACAAGCCAUGAACUCUCUCAAAGUUUUAGCCAAAGUACAAGGUUCCACAAUCGAAGCUAUCAUGAGGCCACAUAAAGAUGUUCUUGGUGAGAUGGUUCCUCCUAAGAAAACUGUUCUUGGUCAUCAUCCAGUCAACACUCAAAUUGGACUUAUGGAAGGAAACACUUUCUGUAUGACCCUCGAACCUCCUCUAUUCACUUUGGACAUGUCUGUUCGAGAACAUGCCAACUUUUUCAAUGAACUUCUUGCCCUUUGCGAUCGUGAAGAUGCACAACUUUUAAAAUCUUCCAUCUAUAAGAACGUAACCAACCUCACGCCACUUCGAAAGUCCGCUCUUAAAACUCUUACUGCUUACGCUCCUCUUUAUACCAAUCGGGAUGGAAUCUUUCGAGUUUUGUUCAAUGCCUUGGUUUCAAAUAACAGUGAGAUCCAGGAAACUGGAUUCGAGUGUCUUAAGAAAUAUCUUACCUUUGGUAACGCUGAUUUAGAACAGGUGAAAAAAGAGUAUUGCUCCUGCAUGGCUGAUUAUCGAAAACUGAACUUGAAUGUAAUCAAACGUAUCAACUGUUUGGCCCAAUUGUUUCCAGCUCAUUUCGUCGAGAAAGUUUGUGACCAAAUGGCACAAAAUUUGAAAAAAUGGCUUGACAAUGUUGUUCGAGGUGACAAGAAAAACACAGAAGAGAUGAAAGUUUGUGCUGCACUCAUCGAGUUCUUCCAUUUAGUACCAGCCGCUGGAACAAAAUAUGUCGAAGUGCUUUUGUGUUAUGUGUUCAAAACAGAAAAAGCAAUGAUGAUUGAACCUGGAUCAAUGCUCAGAGAUCCUCUCAGGAAAUUCUUACAAAAAUAUCCAGAACAUACAUUGGAUCUUUUGUUAACUGAAAGAAAUGUCAACGAAGAUCAGAUUUAUCGUUUCGUCAAGUAUCUUCUCAAAGGUCCUGAAGGAGCCAUUUUCCGCCAAGUGCUCCAACAAAAUCCUGCUCGUUUAAUCAAAUUUGCCUCUGGUCCUAUUGCGAUUCCAGAAAAGAUCAGUAUUCCCCAACAACAAGUCCAACAAACUGAUCCAUCAAUACCACAACCUCAACCUCAAACACAAACUGUCACCGUAACUUAUGAUUUACAAUAUCAAGCAAUUUUAAUUACUUCAAUUUUGGUGAAACAUGAUGAACAAUGGUUAACCAAUCAAUUUCCUUUGGUAGACGCUCUAAUUAAAGUUUGGAAUUCUGUUGAAUUGCCGAAAAAACAUUCUAAAAUCGAGUCAGCUGAUUAUGUGCAAUGGAGGGAACCCAAAUUACUGAUGAAAUGUUUACUAAAUUACUUCAAACAAAAUCCAAAUGGAAACAGUAUAAUCUUACUCUUCAACCUUUUAAAAGCUUUCAUGAACCGUUAUAUCUGUGAUUUUGACUUUUUCCGUGAUUUUCUCGAACACACUGUUACCAAUUAUACAAUCGACUGGAAACGUGAAGCUUUUUUCAAAUUUGUCAGCAUUUUCCACGAUAACAAUUAUGCCCAAGAAUUGAAGGCUAAAAUCCUUCAAUACAUUAUCAUUCCAUCAUUUGCGGUCACUUUCGAUCGAGGAGAAGGAGAAAAGUUAAUUGGAGGUCCACCAACACCAGAACAAGAUCAAGAAGACAAUUUAAUUAGUGUUUUUAUCAACAAAGUAAUUGAUCCAGAUAAUCCAUUUGCAAUGUCAGACUCAGUUCGAAUCCUCCUACUUCAAUUUUCUUGUCUUUUGGUUGAACAAGCUUCACCUCACAUUCACGAUGCCGCCAAUAAACGUCAAGGAAAUAAACUGCGUCGAUUGAUGACCUUUGCUUGGCCUUGUUUACUGUCAAAAAACUGUGUCGAUCCAGCAACCAAGUACCAUGGUCACCUUUUACUUGCUCACAUCAUUGCUAAAUUUGCUAUUCACAAACGGAUAGUGUUACAAGUUUUUCACAGUCUCCUUAAAGCUCAUGCAAAUGAAGCUCGUACUGUUGUGCGUCAAGCAUUGGAAAUUUUAACACCAGCAAUGCCUCAACGGAUGGAAGAUGGUAAUACAAUGUUAACUCAUUGGACCAAAAAGAUAAUAGUUGAGGAAGGACAUUCACUCCCACAAUUAACUCACAUGCUUCAAUUAUUGAUUAGACAUUACAAAGUGUAUUAUCCAGUUCGACAUCAUCUCAUCCAACACAUGGUUACCUCCAUACAGCGACUUGGGUUCACACCAAAUUCAACCGUUGAUCAUAGGAAAAUUUCAGUUGAUCUUGUUGAAGUGAUUUUGUUGUGGGAACUUCAAAGAUCUCGCGAAGAACAAGAACAAUCGAAAGCCGAUGCUGCAGCAGCGGCGGCAACAGCGUCAACCGCAACACCAGGAACCUCGGCUGAAGCAAUAACUCAGUCUUUACAAAAAGUUCGUAUUCCAACUUUACCGGCUACUCCAUCUUCAGCUUACGGAGGUAAACCAUUGUCAACAGAUAAUAAUAAGCCAGUUGAAAAGGCUCAUCAAGAUGCUGUGGUAAACUUCCUGCUUCGUCUUGCAUGUCAUGUAAACGAAACUGGGACUAAUCUUGGCUCACCCGGCGAGAUUUUAUCUCGAAGAUGUGUCACCCUUUUAAAAUUAGCUUUAAAACCCGAAAUAUGGCCUACAGCUGAGUUGCGAUUAGGCUGGUUUGAUAAACUUUUGUUGACUGUUGAAUCAACGACUCCCAAUUAUGGUAAUAUCUGUACUGCUCUUGAGCUCUUGUGCUUUUUACUCAACAUUUUAAGACGAGAGGCCAUUCUGGUCAGUUUCAAACCGCUACAAAGAGGAAUUGCAUCAUGUAUGACAUGUACGAAUACCAAAGUUAUUAGAUGUGUACACAAUUUGUUAACUCGACUGAUGUCGUUUUUCCCGACUGAAGGAGCGACCUCAACAACCGCAUCUAAACACGAAGAGCUUGAAGCUUUAUACUCAGCAGUUAGUAAAGUGAUUUACGAAGGAUUAAGUAAUUAUGAAAAAGCAACUGGACCAAUUUUACCUCAAUCUUUGUUUGGCACAAUUAUGAUUCUGAAAGCAACUUGUAGUAACAAUGCCUGUUACAUUGACAGAAUGAUAACCUUGUUCAUGCGAGUGCUACAAAAAAUGGCCCGUGAACAUCUCACUCCACCUCCACCAAAUGACCAAUUAAAUCCAAUGGGCAGUGAAUUGUUAAUCUUAAGUUUGGAUCUUGUUAAAAACAGAAUUGGUGUUAUGGGUCAAGAAAUGAGGAAAACCUUUUUCACCAACAUACUUGUUGGUUUAAUUGAAAAAUCACCGGACGUUAAAGUGCUUCGAGCGAUCACCAAAAUGCUAGAAGAUUGGGUUAAGAACAAAGGACCUUUUGGUGCUAAUCAAGCGCCAACUUUACGAGAGAAAACACUUCUUCUUGUUAAAAUGAUGAUGUUUGUCGAGAAACGAUUCGCCGAUGAUAAUGAAUUGAUGGCACAAUUUUUGGAAUUGAUUAACUAUGUUUAUCGAGAUGAAUCAUUGAAGAAUACAGAUUUAGCAACCAAACUGGAACAGGCAUUUAUGUCGGGUUUAAGAUGUGUACAACCUCAAAUACGAGCUAAAUUUUUCGAAGUGUUUGAUGCAAGUAUCCGUCGUCGAUUACACGAUCGAUUACUGUACAUUGUUUGCUCGCAAAAUUGGGAAACAAUUGGACCUCAUUUUUGGAUAAAACAGUGCAUCGAAUUGAUUUUAGUUUCUGUGAUACCAACUCUUUGUAUAACUAGUGGAAACUCAAUGGCCAUGUUACCCUCACCAACCGCUGUGAUAGAUUUUGGAGAUCAACAAGAACGUGCAUCAUUGGCUAGUUCAGUUAACGAUCAGAUGGAUAUUGAUAUGUUUUGUGCAAUGGCCAAUGGGAUAGAUUCAGUUCGAGAAGCUGAAGAGGUUAUGGAUAUCGAGUUGUCUUCUGCAGAAGAGAAUCAAUCAAAUAAUAGUCGAGGGAGCAUUUAUGGUGGAAGUACUUUAUUGGGAACACGACGGCCAAGUACACCUUCCGAUCCAACUCAACACUUACGGGUUCUCAUUUCUAAACAGAACAAGUUUUUGAACAGUUUGAAAGAAACACGAACUCUCAAUUUCUUAAUGGCAGUUGCUCAACUUUGUCAUAUGGAUACAAACUUAGCCAACAUCACUUGGAUUCAACUUUUCCCUCGACUCUGGAAAAUUUUGAAUGAAAGGCAGCAAAACUUACUCACCACUGAACUGAUACCUUUCGUGUGUAGUGGCAGUCACAUUAUUCAGAAAGAUUGUCAUCCAUCAGCGAUUGGCUGUUUCAUGGAAGCAAUUGCUCAAUGUGACCCACCAAUUCCAAUAAGACCUUCACUUCUCAAAUAUAUGGGUAAAUCUCAUAAUAUUUGGCAUCGAGUUGCUCUCAUGUUGGAAAAUAUUGCUUUCGAUAAAUCUCUCGCUAUUACAGGAUCAACCACCUCAACAUCAACCAAACACACUCGUAAACAUGAUGGCGGUGAUAUUGAUUACACUGAACCAGCUAACGUGCCUGCAGUGUCUUUAGCACAAGAAGCAAAUGAAUCAUUGGCUGAAAUUUACGAAAUACUUAAAGAGGAAGAUCUUUGGGCGGGAUUGUGGUUGAAAAGAGCAAAAUAUGCAGAAACAUUGAUCGGUAUCGCCUACGAACAACAAGGAUUCUUUGAACAAGCUCAAGGAGCAUUCGAAUUGGCAAUGACCAAAGCAAGAAACGAUUACAACACUAAUCCGUCCCCAUUAAGUUUACAGGGAGAAUAUCGUCUCUGGGAGAAACACUGGAUACGCUGUUCUAAAGAGUUAAAUCAAUGGGAUCUCCUUCUUGAUUAUGGAAAUUCAAAAGGCUGCACUAAUCCAUUUUUGGUCUUAGAAAGUGCUUGGCGGGUUCCUCAAUGGUUAUUGAUGAAAAAAGCUCUUCAUCAAGUUGAAACUAAUCAUCCCAAAGAAUUGGCUUGGAAAGUUGCUCUGUUCAAAGGAUAUAAUCAUAUUUGUAAUACCGAAGAUCAUAAUUUACAAAUGGCUGAGCGGAUGGUUGAUCUUGCAUCAAAUCUUUGCAUCAAAGAGUGGAGGCGACUUCCCUCUGUUGUCUCUCACAUACAUGUUGAUCUUUUACAAGCUGCUCAAUUAAUUAUGGAAUUACAAGAAGCUGGACAAAUCCAUCAAAGUUUAAAUCCAAAUAAUACUCGAGCCUCUUGUAUUCAUGAUAUGAAAGCGAUCGUUAAAACUUGGAAAAAUCGUCUACCAGUUUUAUCAGAUGAUUUCUCUCAUUGGAGUCAUGUGUUCACUUGGCGUCAACAUCAUUUCCAAGCAAUAGUAAAAUUUUAUGAUCCAACCAAUACGACUCUCACUAACUUGGGCACUCAAACAGCUCAAAUUGCUCAAGGUUUAUCAGCUGCAAUCAAUCAACCAACUGAUCCUCAAGCAUCUCAAUCAGUUUUAGGUAUUCAUGCAUCAGCUCAAUCGAUUAUAAACACUGGUAGAAUCGCCAGAAAACAUGGCCUGAUCGGCGCUUGUCUAGAUUCACUCAACAAAAUCCACAGUAUACCCAGUAUACCGAUCGUUGAUUGUUUCCAAAAAAUCAGGCAACAAGUCAAAUGUUAUUUACAACUUGCAUCAACUGGUGGUAAAAAUGAAUUGGCGGAAGGACUUGAAAUUAUUGAAUCAACAGCUCUUAAUAUUUUUACACGAGAAAUGAAAGCUGAAUUUUAUGCUCUCAAAGGAUUGUUUUUGGCCAAUUUGGGUAGAUCAGAAGAAGCGAAUCGUGCGUUUAGUGCUGGUGCUCAAUUACAUGAUGGUUUGAAUCGAGCUUGGGCUCUUUGGGGUGAAUAUUUGGAAACUUUGUUCACCAGAGAGAAAUGGGAAAAUCGUCAAAUGACCUUGGGAGUUUCUGCAAUCACUUGUUACCUUCAUGCAUGUCGAUCACAAAAUGAGACCAAAGCUCGAAAAUAUUUAGCCAAAGUGAUCUGGCUUCUCACUUAUGAUGAUGACACUCUUUGUCUUGCCGAUGCUGUUAAAAAAUACAAUCAUGGUGUACCUCCAGUUUGCUGGUUACCUUGGAUUCCUCAAUUACUUACAUGUUUAAUUAAAAAAGAGGGAGAUUUAGCUGUUAGCAUUCUUAGACAAGUUGGUUGUAUGUUCCCACAGGCAGUUUAUUUCCCUGUUAGAACUUUAUUCUUGACUCUUAAAAUGGAACAGAGAGAAAAGUAUCGAAGCAGCGAAAUGGUUUCUGGUCAAGUUCAAAGCGCAAAUUUGAAUCUAUUGAAGGCUAAACAAGUUGGAGUGAAUCAACAAUUUCAAUCAACACCACAAAUGAAUUUACAACCAUCAAUGCUUCAACACCAACAAAGCCAACAACAACAAACUUUCACUAAUCCACAAUUCCAACAAAAAGUUGCUGGUCGAUUAGGAGCUCCCACUGAAGUAAAUCAAAUUCGAGCGACAGUUUCUAUCAAACGAUGCUCUUUAGUUAUGCAAGAACAACGAGCACUUCAUCCAACAGUUUUAUCAUCACUCGAGGGAAUGGUUGAUCAAAUGGUUUGGUUCAGAGAAAAUUGGUACGAAGAGAUAUUACGUCAAUUACGCCAAGGAUUGAAUAAAUGUUAUGCAAUUGCUUUCGAGAAUCGUGGUAAUGUUGACGAGGCAACGGUUACCCCACACACUUUGAAUUUUGUCAACAAACUCGUGGCAACUUUUGGAGUUGGAGUUGAAAAUGUAUCUACAUCGCCAUCUAAUUUUGCAACUGCAGCAUCUGAGUCGUUGGCUAAAAGAGCUCAGGCAACUGCUCAAGAUCCCGUUUUCCAGAAAAUGAAAGGACAAUUUUCCACUGAUUUUGAUUUUUCAACUCCAGGAGCCAUGAAACUUCACAAUUUAAUUGUUAAGCUAAAAAAGUGGAUCAAAAUUUUGGAAGCAAAAACGAAAUUAUUACCAAAGACUUGCCUAAUGGAGGAAAAAUGUCGCUUCCUUAGUUACUUUUCUCAGCAAACCGCUGAUGUUGAGCUUCCUGGUGAAUUUCUUAUACCAAAACAUAAUCUUUAUUCAAUCAGAAUUUCUCGUUUCAUGCCAAGAGUGGAGAUUAUCAAUAAACACAAUACAGCCGCUCGACGUUUUCAUAUCAGAGGUCAUAAUGGUAAAAUUUAUCCAUACUUAAUUGUCAAUGAUUCUUGUCUAAGUGAUGCUCGACGAGAAGAACGAGUUUUACAACUUUUCCGACUUUUGAAUAACUAUUUGGGUAAACAGAAAGAAACUUUGAAACGAUUCCUUCACUUUACGGUUCCUCGAGUUGUUGCCAUUUCUCCUCAAACUCGAUUGGUCGAAGAUAAUCCUAAUUCCAUCUCAUUACUGGACAUUUACAAACAAAGAUGCGCUCAACGUGAUCUCGAAUACGAUGCUCCUAUUUCAAGAUACUAUGAGCGACUUGUGGCUAUUCAAGCCCGAGGAUCUCAGGCCAGUCACCAAGUUCUUCGAGAAAUUUUGAAAGAAAUACAAACAGAUAUGGUUCCUCCUAAUCUUCUCAAAGAAUGGGCAACUUUGACCUACCCAGGAGCGACUGAUCUUUGGACAUUCAGGAAACAGUUUACUCUUCAAAUGGCUCUUGCCAAUGUUGCUGAGUAUGUUUUAUGUCUAACGCGACUCAAUCCCGACAUGAUGUAUAUCCACCAAGACACGGGCCUAAUGAAUGUCGCUUACUUCCGUUUCGAUGUUGACGAUAUCACAGGUGAUAUUGAAGCAAGUAGACCAGUUCCAUUCCGAUUAACUCAUAACAUCUCUGAGUUAAUUACUUCAAUUGGGGUCAGUGGUCCACUAACGGCCUCAAUGAUUUCAAUAGCAAGAUGUUUAGUACAACCAAACUUUAAGAUUCAAUCGAUUUUGAAAGUGAUUAUCAGAGAUGAAGUUAUUUCUUGGUAUACAAAGACUCAAGAAGAUGCUUGUCUCGAUGGCGAAGUCACUAUGGAUGGAGAAUCAUUAAUUAACGCUGUAAAUAAAUCAAUCUUAUCCAUCAUGGCGCGACUAUCAUCUUUGGCAACUUUUGACGGAGCUGAAAGCAAAGUUAUCAAUCUGGUUGCCGCUGCAAAUAGUCACGAUAAUAUUUGCCGUAUGGAUCCUGCUUGGCAUCCGUGGCUGUAAAUUAACAUUUGUAAAAUGACCUUUUCCUUAUCCACGAAAAUCAUCAUAUUUCCUCUUUUUUCAUUCCUCUUUUGUCAUAUGGUGAAUUACUGAUUCAUAGUUUUGUAAAACUGCUCUUUUUUUCCUUAACCUCCAUCCAAUCAUUUCCCUCUCUCUCUCUCUCCUUUUCACCUUUCAUAUCAUUCUCAUUGUAACCAGUUCACCUGAAAUUCAUUUUCAUGCUGCAUCCUCAUCCUCAUCACCUUUUCCUUUACACGUUAAAUGAAACGAUUGACCAAAGUUUAAAUUGAUCAAUCGUUUCCCAUUCAAACACGAAGAUAAAACUAAAUGGUCGUGAACUCGUGAUAUUUUGUUGUAAUUGAUAUAAAAAAAACUCGGUAAAUUAAAAGCCUUAAUAUGACUCAACAAAUUAA